UCACAGGAGUAUCUGAAAGAAGAAGGCGGCCUGAGUCCAGAGGCGGUGAGGAUGAUCGGAGACUUGUUAAAUGAAGACAGCCUGAUGCACCUGGCGCUGACCGAGACCAUCUACAUCCAGAGCGACGUCAACGACACCGCCACGUACUCGGAAGUGACCGGCGGGUCGGAUCUCCUCACCAACGCGUUCCUCGCUGUCCUUGACGGCCCCAUCUACCUCAACUCUAAGGUCAAACGCAUCAGCCAAUCAGAUCACGGUGUAGUUGUAUCAUAUCAGAAUGGCGAAAAAUCCUCUUUGACCGACAUUUCUGCUGACUUUGCUCUGGUAACGACCACGGCCAAAGCGGCUCUCUUCAUCGACUUUGAGCCGCCACUCUCCAUCAGAAAGAUGGAGGCACUGAGGUCAGUCCACUACGAAAGCUCCACCAAAAUCCUCCUCACCUUCAGCAGGAAGUUUUGGGAAGACGACGGCAUCCGAGGAGGAAAGAGCAUCACUGACGGGCCGUCUCGUUUCAUCUACUACCCCAGCCACAGUUUCCCAAACAAUCCAAACAUCGGCGUCCUGCUGGCUUCCUACACCUGGUCCGAUGACUCCCUCCUCUUCUUAGGAGCGAGCGAUGAAGAGCUGAAAGAGCUG